AUGCGAUGGCCUCUGCUGCUUCUGCUGAAUGCGGCGAGGCCCAUCUCUACCAGAGCGGAGAUUCCCGCCGUGGUCACCUUGGGCAACGGCCGCAGGCAGUCGCAUGUGCUGUCAGCACUGGAAAUUGGAUAUCGGAGCUUCGAUACCGCCCAAGCCUAUCAGUGGGGCUACCACGAGGAGGAGGUGGGCGAAGCUGUCUACCUAAGCGGCAUAUCUCGCGAGGAGCUGUUUCUGCAAAGCAAGAUACACCCAGAGGAUUUGGGCUACGCAGCGACGAAGCGGGCGCUCGCGGUGUCGCUGCGGCGAUUGAACACCACCUACUUGGAUGCGAUUCUGUUGCACAAGCCGCGUUGCUGGCCUGGUGCUUGUGCUCGCCAUCCAGAGGGCACCUGGCAGGAAAGUUGGCGGGCGUUGGAGGACGUACUGUAUGAUGGCCUGGUUCGGGCGAUCGGCAUUUGUGACGUCGAUGGGCCUUUAUUGGAGGAGUUGCUGCAGCAACGGCAGAAGCCUCACAUCAUCCAGAACUGGAUGGAUCCCUUCCACCGGGACCGGGAGGUGAGGCAAAGGUGCCGCGAGGCCGGCAUCCAGUACCAAGCCUACAGCAGCCUCGGCACCCAGUGGGUGCACUUCCGGGGCCACAUCUUCAACCCGGUCUUUGCCCACCCAGUGCUUCGGACGAUCGCUGAGCAGCGCGAAGGGAACGUUGCCCAGGUUGUCCUAGCUUGGGCACUGCACCACGGCGUGGCUGUCAUCCCUGCUUCAACAAGCAGGGAGCGGCAGAGGUCGAAUUUGGAUAGCUUUGGACUCCAGCUUUCGCCUGCUGACGUGGCCCGCAUCGACGGUCUGGAUGGGGCGCUGGACCCCCCUUCGGCGGAGGUGACCUUCGAAAACAGCG